UUGUUCCCUUUUAGCAUCAUUAACAUAUUUUUAAGUUAUUCAGCAGAGUUUGCCGCGUGCGGGAGACAGCAAUUCAGAAAUGUACAGAAAAGUAACUAAAACUAAAUAGCAUGUAAAGAAAUACAUAAACUGUUGAUUCUUUGCCGCAGCGAACUUUAAAGUGAUUAAAAAUACGGACACCUUGACACUGGGUAGAGUAUUUUAGGUGUAGCGCGGCUCCUUUAAAAUAACUGAGGUGCUCCCGCGGGCAUAACAAAAGAAGAAAAAAAAAAAAAAGUGACUUUCUUCCGGGAUAUGUCAUUGCUUUCCAUUGCUUAGUGAAGACUGUGGGAAGAAACUGAGAACUGGGACAGCGAAUGCCAGGAGAGCGCUUGUUUGACCUGCUUUGAAGAAAGACUGCUUUGUGUGUUGGAACAGCUGAAGAAGAGCGAGAGGAACUGGAGGAUGAGAAGCCGAGUAGCGCCUGACAGAGCACACAAACCGGACCAGUUCAAGGACUGGAAACCGCUAUAAAAAAAAAACAAACUCAGAAUUUCAAACCCCUCUGUUGGCUGUGCCCUGCCAGAUCAGUCUUCCCCGGUGUUGUGCCUCAUUUCCUGCGUGCUCAGAAUGUUGCAGGACUCGGAGGUGAUUGAUGUGGAGUUCCUGACGGAGCAGGAGCAGAUGCUGAUCCUGCAAGUCCUGCAGCGCGAUGAGGAGCUUCGCAAGGCUGAGGAGAAGCGAAUCCGGAAGCUGAAGGCCGACUUGCUUGACAUCCGGAGAAAGGGGGCCAAGCGCGGCAGUAAGAAGUACAGCAACCUCACCUGUGCCCGCUGCCAGCAGAAACUGGGCAGGCUGGGCAGCAACACCAGCCAGUGCCGCAGCUGCAAUCACCAGGUGUGCCACAACUGCAGAGUCGUCUACCCAAACGGAGCCUGGAGAUGCAGCGUCUGUGCCAAGGAAGCAGAUCUGAAGAAGGCCACAGGAGAUUGGUUUUAUGACCAGCGGAUCAAUCGCUUCAUCAAUGCCCCCGGAAGUGAGCUUGUGCGAGCUUCGAUUAGGAAGAAACCUCUAGCCAAUAAGCGGCAGACAGCGGCUGAGGUGCUGAUGCAUAACACCCAGCUGACUGAGAGCAAGGCUCCCAUCGCCAAACCCAGAGCGAGGACAGAGAAGGACAAGGGCACCCAGUCCCAGGCUCCAGAGAAGCAGCGCAGUGACACAGAGUCUGUGGAGAAGGCCAGCCUGAGCAGCUUCAAGACUGAGUCCCGCCACGCCACCCCUGUCCUGGAGCGGAAGGAUGCUGAUGGGUCCAGCACUUUAGGGCCCACAGAGUCCACCCUAACUGUCCCCGUGCCAUCCACAGAGGGCCCGACCUCCAAAGAUGAACCGGAAUCUUGUGUUAGGAGUCAGAGCGGAGGGUCUGCUUUUGACGACUGUGACACCUUGUUCAAGAAGAAUCCCAGGAAAACAUUGAGCCCCACUGCUUUUUCAGAUAAGCCCAGUAGGCCCAAGUCUGUGCUGGAUUUGCGUGAGAAUACACCUGAAACUGAAGAUGGUUCCAUGGGAGACAGGAGCAAAUCGGUGCCCGGACUCAAUGUGGAGCAGGAGGAAGAGGAUGAAGAUAUAGAUGAUCUUGUGCAAUUCCACAGGAAGUCAGAGGUUCGCCACAGUCUUCGGAGUGGAGGGUCAUCGAGCACAAUGGGCAGCAUGAUGAGUAUCUACAGUGAGGCUGGGGAUUACAGCAAUGUGGAAGUUACUGGGGAAAUUGUAUUUUCACUGCGCUACGAUCAAAGCGCCCAGGUCCUCUCUAUCUUCAUCAAGGAGUGCCACAACCUUGCGUAUGGGGACGAAGCCAGGAAGCGCUCCCACCCGUACGUCAAGUCCUACCUGCUCCCAGACAAAUCACGGCAGGGCAAAAAGAAAACAGCGGUCAAGCGCUCCAAUACCAACCCCAUCUACAAUGAGACCCUGAAGUACAGUAUCACUCAGUCCCAGCUGAUCACGCGGACCCUGCAGCUGUCUGUGUGGCACCAGGACCGCUUCGGACACAACGCCUUCCUGGGAGAGGUGGAGCUGCCUCUGGACUCCUGGAACUUCGAGGCCACCGCAGAGGAGUGCCUGCCCCUCCACGCAAAGGCUUCUUCACAGUCCAGUGCCUAUUCUCACUAUAAAGGAGAGCUGGUGAUUUCCCUCAAAUACAUCCCUGCCAGCAAACAGGUCUCAGACAAGCCCAGAAUAGGCAAGAAGAAGGAGGAAGGAGGAGAGCUGCAAGUUUGGGUCAAAGAGGCCAAGAAUCUAACCGCCAUGAAAGCAGGAGGCACUUCAGACACGUUUGUAAAAGGGUAUUUGUUGCCAGUGAAGACCAAGGUGACUAAGAGGAAGACCCCGGUGAUAAAGAAGACUCUGAACCCUCACUACAAUCACACCUUCGUCUACAAAGGCAUGAGUCCUGAGGAUCUGAAGGAUGUCUGCCUGGAGCUGACCGUGUGGGACCGGGAGGCGUUGUCCAGCAAUGACUUCCUGGGAGGGGUCAGACUGGGCAUGGGCACCGGCACACACAAAGGAGAGAAGGUCGACUGGAUGGACUCCACAGGCGAGGAGGUCAGUCUGUGGGAGAAGAUGAUGCAGUACCACGGCUCGUGGGCAGAGGGCUCUUUACUGCUCCGCUCCACAAUGGGCAACACCAAAUGAACACCGUCGCUACGGCAACGUGAAGGAGAGGUGGGAGGCAUCUGUGGAGUAGGCCCAAUAUUCUGUGUGUGAAUUUUAUUUUUUCCUUUUUUUGUGUAAGUGAAAGCACUUAAAAGGACUUUGAUUAACCCUUAAAGCUAUGUCAAUUUUUUUCAUUGUUUGAUCUGGAGCUACAGAAUACGCAUACAGCCACAUCGCAUACACUUCACAUAUUAAAAUACCUGCCAACACAGAGGUUAAAGAAAGGGAACACUCCUUAUUUUAAUUUAUUUGUUAUCACUAAACGUAUAGCAAGGAAGUUGUAUAUUACGUAAAAUGCACUGUCAAACAACAAAGGUAUAUUUUAGUAAUAUCAUUCCACUGAUAUUCUUUGAGAAGCACAUAGAUGUUGGGUUCUGUCUUUGUCUAUCACCACAGAACUCUUCCACGUAUUAGAGGGAUGGGGUUUAGUUUUAAUUAAACACAUUUUCUAGGUGUUAAUCAAUGUCACAAUAUUCUGGGCGGAUGAUGCUAAUCAGUAUAGUACAAAGAAGGUAUGUUGAUAGGAUUGUAUAUGACUUAUUCCUUCGUGUCUAUAUAUGGGUCAAUACAUUUGCUUUUUCUUUACACAUCUACACAAUGACAAAAGCACUGUACUGCAUCUAGUGUAGCUCAGAAAGGAAUAUGGGAAUUGGAUUUUAAAAAAGGGUACUUUUCUAUUUUUAAUAUAAUCAAAAUGUAUGAAAUAUAUAUAAAUAUAUCCCAAUGUUAUUAAA